AUGCAACUGAAUUGUCGAAAGGGUGAAGAAGAAACAACCGAGAAUGGCAUGCGGAGUGUAAAGAACGAGGACCAAAGUUCGGAUUCUGGUGAAUUAUGCAACAGCAUCCUUGAGAAUUGUCGUCGAGCUGAAAGCGCUGAACGAGAAAUGAAAGAGGCAACGAGUGGUAAUGUAGCCAGAUUCGCCAAAAGAGAAUUGGACUACAUAGCCGAGAUGUACUGUGCAAACUAUGACAUCUUCCAUAAGAGCUCGCUAGGUGGAGGGAGGGCGAAGGAAGCCAUAGCGGUGAAUUUGGCUACGGGUGAGUACGGAGGAGUUUAUACCUAUGGUGGUCUUGAUAAGGAAAACUGUGGUGAUGUGAUUGCGUACGAAAAUCUCACCUCGGCCACAUAUUGGCAGUUCCGAGUA